AAAGCCGGCUUAAAGCUGUGCUGAGUCUCUCAGCCAAAGCAAACAGAAAAGAUAUCGAUGGGUGAUAUGCAUGUGAUAUCCCUGCCCGGCAAUGGACAAGCAAGCUUCCACAGUCGCGGCAAUCGAGCUUCAGGACGCACUUCAGCAUGUUGUUCCCAUUGAGUGGGGAGUGGGGGGGUCUCAGAAGAGUUCAGAAACAGUUCCUUGUAUCAUCGCAAGGAAAUGCUGAGAAAAAUUCUCGUCAGAAUAACUUGUAGGCAGGAGGAGAUUAAAAUUAACGCAAAAGAAGCUAUAGAAAUGAUUGCAAAUGCCUGAGCGCAAGUUAAAGAAAGCCUUUAAAAAACCUUCAGUUUCAUUAUCAUCCUCCUCCCUUCCUGCAGCCCAAAGAUGUCAAAUUAAAUGCUAUGCUCUUGAACAAGCUGACUCAGCAGUUGGGACACCCCAGACAUUCAUUCACUGGCUGGCUGGUAAAAACAGUUCUGGAAAAUAUAAAUGAGACCCUAGAGGGAAAUGCAGCAAAACUGGUGCAGAUCCAGCCAGACAACACAGUCUUGGAAGUGGGCUUUGGACCCGGUUUGGGGCUCCAAAAAGCUAUUCAUUACCUAACUGAGUCUAAGGGUAUUCUGUAUGGACUCGACUACUCUGAAUACAUUCACAAUGUGGCCAGUAAGCGACUCCAGGAGCAGAUUGCCUCUGGAAAGACAAAGCUUCUACUGGGCAGUGUGGAGAAGAUCCCACUACCAGACUCAAGUGUGGACAGAGUUUUUCAUUGUAACUGUUACUACUACUGGCCAGACCUCAAGACCUGUUCUGCAGAACUUCACAGAGUAAUGAAACCAGAUGGACUGAUGGUUGCCACCAUGAGCAUGAUCUGGAUGAAAAAGGUGGUGUCCCUUGGACUUCUGCAAGGUAUAAAAUGGCAGCCUGAAUACUACAUGGAUGCCCUGCAGGCCACUGGUUUCAGAGAUGUGCGUAUGGAGGAGAUGGAAGACAAAGGGUUCAAGUUUAAUGCCAUUUUUGCUACAGCAUCCAAAUAAGGCUCAACACUGCUAUUAAAUCACCUUUGAUGAUUGAAAUAUCUUACUUAUAGUUGGGGUUUUCUUUUUGGUUUGGUAAAUUCAACAUAAUGUCUAUUGUUUAUAUAAUUGUGAAAAAUACAAAAAAAAGUUUAAAUUUUUCCUUGUUGACAGAAAUUCAGAAAUGUAUUGCAAAUAAAUAAAUAAAAAUAGAACUGAAAUAUGAUUAACUGGAAUAUUAAAGAGAAAAGGAAAAAUCUAUUGGAAUGUAGAGUGCCUAUAAAAACUAUUAACAUUUUAUUAUUAUGCAACAUUGAAUCAUGGUGGAUUUAAUUUGGCUUUUUUGACAUUUAUCAGAAUAUUGUCAGAAUGAAAAUAGAUCUCUGCAAAGUGGUCUAAACUGAUCACAAAUAUAAAACAUAAAUUGAUUUAUCAUGUGAGUAUUCAGCCCCUUCAGAUUAGUAUUCAGUAGAUGCACUUUUGGCAGCCAUGACAGCCUUCAGUCUGUGUGCUCAGGUCUCUUUCUAGCAGCCUUGCACAUAUGGACACUGUUGUCCUCAUUUGUCUUUAGAAAAAUGGUCAAGCUCUGACAGGUUACAUGGUGAUUAUGAGUAAACAGCCUUUAUCAGAUCCAGCUACAACUUGAUUGAAAUCUGGACUGUGAAUUGACCACUCCAAGACAAUAACAUUUACAUAUUAAAGCCAUUCCUUUGUAGCCUUGGCUUUAUGUUUGUGGUUGUUGUCUUGCUGAAAAACAAAUCCUCUCACAAGGUGUUAGUUUCAUAUAGACUGCAUCAUGUUUUUCUCCAGGAUUUCCAUGUGUUUUGCUUCAUUCACUUCCUUGUCUACUCUGAGAAGCCUCCCAGGACCUUCUGCAGAAAGGAUGCAGAGAAGCAUCCCCACAUCAUGUUUUAUGGUGGGGAUGGUGUCUUUUUGAUAAUGUGUAGUGUUGACAUGGCGUUUAGUCUAAUGGCCAAAAAGUUCAUUUUUGGUCUCACCAGACAAUAAACCUUCAUCCUGACUUCAGUGUCAUCCAUCUGUCUUUUUCCAAGAUGUCAUGUGUGUUUUUUGUCUUUGCCACUCUCUCAUAAAGCUGUGAUUGGUGAAGCACCCGGGCAUCAGUUGUUGCCUGGACAAUCUCUCCAGUCUCACAACACUGUAGCUUAUCACUUCUUCAGACUCCACCUACGUCGCUUGGUGACCUCCGUUACUUGUCUUCUUCUUGCACCAUCACUCAGUUUUUGUAGACAGUCUACUCCAGCAGAUUUACAGCUGUGCCAUACUCUUUCCAUUUCUUACAGAUUCAUGUAACUGAACUCCAAAUAUAUUCAGUGACUUGGAUAUUUUCUUGUCUACCUGACUUGUGCUUUACAGUCAUAUUUUCACAGAUUUGCUGGAAGUGUUCUUUUGUCUUCAUUAUGUAGGUUAGGCCACCAUUUGAUUCUUCACAAACUGUCUCUUCUACAUACAGAGACAUUUAUACUAAAAUCCAUUGAAACCCCAGACAGUUGGUGUCCAGUAGAGUACGCAUGUGGUCAAGUAGUUUGUGUUUUAUAUUAGUAAUAAUAUAGACCACUUUUCAUAGAUCUGUUUUCACUUUGACAUUAAAGAUUUUUUUUUCUGUUAAUUAGUAUCAAAAAAGCCACAUUAAAUCCAUUGAUGUUUAACAAUAAAAUGUGAAAACUUCCUGGGGUUGAAUACUUUUUAUAGACCCUGUUUAAUGAUUCAUUAUUGAACUCACAUAAUCCAUAUCAUUAUCGGGGAUAAUGAAAAUAGUCUGAUUUUUUUGAUUGUCAAAAAUAUCAGGUUUAAUUUAAUGAGGGUAUUUUAAAAAAAACUGCUGCUUCACAGCUCAAGGAGAUGAGGUUUGAAUCCCAUCCUGACCACUUUGUGUGGGUUCAACAAUGGAUGGAGGAGUAAAUAAAAACAAUAAUAGUUGCAAUAAAAAAAACAAAAUGUAAAAAUAACCAAGACACCAUUGGCUAUUAGGUGAUUCUUGAGAUAAAUGAGACUUUGGAACUUUGCGUAAAUCAGGAAUUAGAAUACUUACUGAGUAACCAUUGCAGGAAAUGCAUUUUUUCUUCUUUAGAUAGAUAGAUAGAUAGAUAGAUAGAUAGAUAGAUAGAUAGAUAGAUAGAUAGAUAGAUAGAUAGAUAGAUAGAUAGAUAGAUAGAUAGAUAGAUAGAUAGAUAGAUAGAUAGAUAGAUACUUUAUUAAUCCCAAGGGGAAAUUCACACCAUUGUGUACAGGCUAAAGGUUGUAUCUCUUAAUAUUUUAGAGCUCUUUUUUUGCUGCCUUGCUCUUAAAGGAAUACUCCACUCACAAAUUAUAUUUUGAUAUACUGUAUGUUACUUACACCAUGUAGUUUAUAGUAACAGCUGAGAAAAAAAAAUGUUACAUAGUCCAAACGUUCAUUAUCCAUUCAUAAGUUCAAAGCCUGCUAUUAAUAGUUACUUCCAAAAAUCAGCAAAAAUCAUAAACAGGAAAGAUGUGUGUUUUGCAUGUUUUGAGAAUAUGAAUGAAGGAUGGACAUUUGGAUUACAAUGGUCAACAAGCAUUUCACUGCUGGGAUUCUUUCACCCGUACUUUAACAAAUUUCAUUUGCCGAGUCCAAAUCUGAAAACUGUUUUCGUUCAGCAUGUCCAGUUUUUUAGUUAUGAUAUUCCAGGUCUUGGACAACUAGGAUGACUGGACGGUAAAGGCGGAUAAUGAUUUUGAUAAAUACAAAUAAUUCUACUAGGGAUGCCAUUGAAAUAAAAGAAUUCACCACAAGUUACUAACGGCUGCGAGUUGUUUACUUUAAUUUUUUUUUUUAAUUUUAUUUAUUAAUUUCAUUGUAAUCAUUCCAUACAAAUAGAUCAAUUUAUAACAAAAAAAAAUAUUGAAGACAAAUCAAACCCCACCCCUGAGAAGAAGAGCUUAGCCAAAGGAGAAUUGCUUAGGGCUUUUUAA